GUAGAACAACAGAUACUUGCGUCUGGUAAUGCAAAUCAGAACAUUGGUACCAUAAACAGCCAUUGUACAGCUCUUGGAAAACGUCAAAACGAUAAUUCCGAAGGAACUCCCAAAGGAAAACGCCAAGAUACGGGGGAUAGAGAAACUAUAAAUGAGCCUGUGGAAACCACUGAUGACCCGGAAAGUGAUACACAAACGAUUAAUACCAAACAAAACUUAGAUGAAAAACAAGUUGAAGAAGAACUUGUGAGACGGUAUAGUUUCAGAGAACGAAAGGAAACCAACUAUACUGACGUUUCAGGCUCAGAUAUAGAUCCAUAUCAUUAUCAAGCAUUUAGCUCCCUGCCAAACAACCCAGAUUCUUCGAUUAUAUCAUUAAAUAGGCCAAUCAUAUUGGAAACAACAUAUAAUCUAAUUUCUACGCAUAUAAUUUGCGCGUUCAACUCAACGUUACAUAUGGUCAAGGAAUCUGUCGAAGAAAACUUGUUUGAAAAGAUUGAAAGGCUUCUUAAUAUACGAAACAAACUAAUUUUAUUAAAGCAAAUAAUGCAAAAGCUUGAAACGAUUUUUGAAGCAGAUUUUGCGGAAAUUACUUUGAAAAUAAUAACAGAGACGGAAAGUGAAAAGAAUAUGGAAAAAACUGAGGAAUCACAAUUCCUUUUUUUCAUUAGGCAUGCCCUUCUCGAUUUCGUCGCAAUGUUUAAAAAUCUGUCACCAAAG